CAAGGACAGCGAGCGGAGGGGCGGCAGAGGCUAAGGCAGCGAGAGGAAGAGGGCGGCCACGGCGUAGGGGCGGCGCGCGGGCCGCGGAGGGCUGCGGGCGCCGCGCGGGGGGCGGGCCCAGUGACUGCGUCGGCGGCUGAGCUCUGCACCUGUCCUGGGUCGGGUGCGGCUGCGGCUUCCCCGCGCGGCAGGAUCUGCUGUGAUGAUGUCAGCCAAUUGCCAGGAAAUCUGACCCAUGAGGCCCAGAAAGAAGACCUUUAAGUUGUGGAGGAGUAAUCUGUGUAGCCGAGUUUCCCUUUGGCUUCUGGGACCUGAGGCAGACCUGGAGUAGACUUGGCCCCCUCCUGCAGACCCAUGAUGCACCGGCUACAGAUAAGACUGCUGACAUGGGAUGUGAAGGACACACUGCUCAGGAUCCGCCGUCCUGUGGGAGAGGAAUAUGCCACCAAGGCCCGGGCCCAUGGGCUGGAGGUAGAGGCAGCCACCCUGGAACAGGCCUUUGGGCAGGCAUUCAGGGCUCAGAGCCACAGUUUCCCCAACUACGGCCUGAGCCAUGGUCUCACCUCCUGCCAAUGGUGGUUGGAUGUGGUCCUGCAGACUUUCCACAUAGCAGGUAUUCAGGAUGCUCAGACUGUGGCCUCCAUUGCUGACCAGCUGUACAAGGACUUCAGCAAACCCUGCACCUGGCAGGUGCUGGAGGGGGCUGAAUCCACCCUGAAGGGGUGCCGAAAACGAGGUCUUAGGCUGGCAGUGGUCUCCAACUUUGACCAGCGGUUAGAAGACAUCCUGGUGGGUCUUGGUCUGCGGGAACACUUCGACUUUGUGCUUACUUCUGAGGCUGCCGGCUGGCCCAAGCCAAACUCCCGCAUUUUCCAUGAGGCCUUGCAACUUGCUCAGGUGGAACCGGCAGUAGCAGCCCAUAUUGGGGACAAUUACUACUGUGAUUAUAAGGGAGCACAGGCUGUAGGCAUGCACAGCUUCCUGGUGGUUGGCCCAGGACCUUUGGACCCUGUGGUCAAGGAUUCUGUACCCAGAGAACACAUCCUCCCCUCACUGUCCCAUCUCCUGCCUGCCCUUGACCGCCUGGAGGGCUCACCCCCGGGACCUUAGCAAGGGAAGUGGCUGGGCCUAAUAAACAUUGGAGACAGACGCCUUCCUUUCUGAGAUGGGGCUUUUGCCUUCCUCUGCAGCCUGUGUAAGGUAUUCUAACUGCAAAGCAGUUCCUGGUCUCUGAAAUGGUUCAUCACACCUGUGUCCUUUUUCUACCACGUGUCCCCCUCAGUAUGAACAAGAUUCACUGAGGGCCCAACUAGUUUCAAAAGCAGCCACUUUCGAACUUCAUUUUAACAGCAGGGCCCUUUGGUCAUGAGAGAUCCUAUGCAGAACUCCAAUAUGCAAAACAGGAAAAGCCAGAAACUGCCCAGGUAAAAGUGGAAGUCCUAGAGCCCCUAGGUCAGGCCCUGAAGCCUCUCCAACUCUACCCCUGGGAAGCCUGUCAGAAGAGCUUAGUUUGGAAAUCAGGAUGCUAAGUUGUGCUGUAGGGACAUGUCCUCUAAGACUACAGUCUCCGCAGAUUUUUAUUUCAUUAGCUCGAGAGGAUUUAGAAAAAUUUUGUAUUGAUGUAUAUUUGAUACACAAUUAGUUUCAGAUAUAUAACUGAUUCAACAAUUAUAUACAUUACAAAAUGCUCACCAUUGUCAGAGUGGUUAGCAUGUCACCAUACAGUUAUUACAAUAUCACUGAUUGUAUUCCCUAAGCUGUACUCUUCAUCCCCAUAACUUAUAAUUGGAAGUUUGUAUCUCUUUAUACACUUCACCAAUUUUGCCCAUCCCCUGACUUUCCAACCCUCUGGCAACCACAAGUUUCUUCUCUGUAUUUAUGAGUUUGUUUUGAUGGAUCAUUUAUCUUUUGAUUUCACAUGUAAAUGAAAUACGGUAUUUGUCUUUCUCUGACUUAUUUCGCUUGGUAUGAUAUCCUCUAGGUCCAUUGAACGAGACUUUAGACAAAGAACACCUUAAUUGUAGUAUCAGAAGAAACUUUUUUUAUGCCUGCCAUGUAUAAAGUAGUGUGCUGUCCUUUGUAUAACACUCAAAACUACCUAGUGAAGUACAUAAUGUGACGUCCCUUUAUACAUGAAUCAGAUUCAGAGGUUAAGUAGCCUGCCUGAGGUCACAGCUAGUAUGUGAGGGAGCCAGGGUUCCAAUUUAACCAUGUCCGACUCCAAAGCUCAUUAGCUUGAUCGCUAGGUUGUAAGUGGAAAGGGCUCUAUGUCCUGUGAGAUACGGUGCAGUGAAGA